AAAACUUUGAAUUGUGGUUCAGAGAAGGACAAUAUCGCAAGAGUCCCCAAACUCCUGGGACAAGAUGUCUCAGGAGUCCGAUGGAGAGUGGAUCGUCCACUUGCCUGAUCUUUGCUCCUACCAGGAGUAUAUCGAUACUCAUGUCGAGCCAGCGCAGCAAUUUCCAGACGUGCAUUUUGUCUUUGAUUGCAUGACUCUGACUCGUGGUCGGAUCUUUAUCCCUCGUCCGGAUCAAUAUCCCUUUCGCCACACCGAUAUAAUCGAAUACGAACGUGCGAAGAGUAAAGCCAUUGAUGAAUUCGGUGGAAGUUGGCAUGAUCAAAACAUGCUGGAGAGCCCGGACAAUGCCUCCGAUUUCAACUCUGCAAGUUCUCAAGCCAUGAAGAAAUUUGCGGACUUCCCAUCUUUCCGCGCCAAUAUCUCGAUGCUAGGUAGAAUAGCACAUAGCAGCGGGCACAUCAGCUACCGAAGUACGCCAGACGGGCUCAUACGGCAUGAAGUUCAUCAUCGAAAUUGUUUAAAUGCUCAAGGUGAGGAGAAAAUUGAUCGUCCCAAAGCUCGACGGUUACGAUGGUUAGGGAUAGCCUUUAUUUACACUGCCAUUGUCUUUGAUCUUAACCAAGAUGUCCCUCGGUUUCUUGAGCCAUACAUAUUAUUUUUGGAUUGGCCACUUGUACUUUUUUAUGUCAUUUUAGCCUCCUGCCUUACGGUUUGUUUAUUGGUGCGCUUAGGCAUCUUUUUAGGCGAAUGCACCAAAUACAUUUGGCUUGCAGUUUGGGCUGGAUCUAUCAAGUACUUUAACUAUUUAGCCACCAGAGCAGUUCUAAUUUACGGGCUUGGGAAGCAAAAGGUCAAUCACUCGAAGGUCAGGGCUUGUCAGGUGAUUAUUUUAUUGGGGAAGAUAGCUAUUCCUCCGACGUUCUAUGCGGCGCAGCUGGCGCUCAGAACAUACACCAAGAUACUUCAAAAUGGGACAUCUGGUGCCAGGUCGCCCCCAGGCCUUGUAGCCAUCCCUCUUGCCUUAAGUGCUCUGGCACUCUUCCCGGGAAUAUGGCUUUACGGUGCAUACGCCUACCCAUACAGCCACCCAUACACCUUCCACAAACGCAUCGCACACAGCAACACAAAUGCCGCUAUGGCUAUACCACGUGAUCCUCAUUUCGAUAUCCAGACCAAUCAGGACACGGGUGUCACUCAGACCAAGAAGGUCACAUGUCUCUGUGCCAUGUACGCGGAGUACGGUUGUGACGACUACGGAGCUGGUGACAGUUGGAAGGUCGUUUGGUUCAAUACAACGGCCCAGGUCACGAUUUCGAUUGGCGAUAUGCUAUUCUUCGUCUCAACCAUCUGGUUUCUAUACAAAUCUCCAAAUGCGGGUUCAAGCUGGAAGCAACGGCGGCAGAAGAGGGCUCGUAAUCGUAGAGGCGAAGAUUUGAAGUCCUCUCGCUGGGCUUCAACAAUGCUGAUUCAACCAGUCGAGACUUCUCAAAAGACUAAGAGAGGUCUCAGGGGUUUCGCCAACGGACAUUCAACAGCAGGGAUCGCCGAUACAGGAGCCACACACAACGUUGUGUCUUUGACAUUUGCCCAAAGUCUAGGUCUCGACAUCCGACCUAGCACCCACAAAUUUCAACUUGGGAGUUCCAAGCAGAUCGUGUCCCUGGGAACUGUCCAAUUUCAAUGGGCAUUUGGGGAUGAUUCACGCAACAUAACCACCAUAACAUGCCAUGUUCUCGGAACUUGCAUCUACGACCUGAUCUUAGGAAGAAGGUUCCUCGCUGAAACACAGACGUUGUCAAAAUACCAACACCGCCUCAGCCAAUGUGUUUUCUCCGCACCUAGAUCAUUCAAGUUUGGACUCUUGGGGGAGACAUUUCGUCGCAUGGAGGGUACCUUGGGGUCACAUGAGCACGUGCUUGCUCUCCCAGAUACUGGAGCUGAGCGAAAUGUGAUAGACUUCCAUUACGCCCAAAAACUGAACUUCGUCAUAAACCGAAGCGCUGAAGCUCGCAACUACCUACAAUUCGCGGACGGUAGCUACAAGCAGAUGGUGGGGCAAAUACACACCCACUGGACGUUCGCAAGCGGGAAGCGGAUCUCCAUCACCUUUGAAGUGCUCAAAAACUGUGCCUCAAACGUCGUCAUCGGAGAGCAGGUGUUGUAUGAAAAUAAGGUCUUUACGGAGCAUCUUAAUGAUUUUCGGGUUCUGGAAACGGAGAAGAAAGGGAGUGAUCUUGCGCCUUUUGAUUUCUUGAAUCGUGUUGAGGGAGCGUUGGAGAAGGGUAAAAGAAUAUUGGGAAAGAAGAAGAAGAUUGGCACUAUGCCGCAGUUUGCAAUGGAGGAAAAUGUUAGGAAACAAGUGGAAGAGCAGAGACGGGAAGCUUGGAAUGACUCCGCCGACUUUAGGAAGAACGUUGACGAGGUCGAUCGUAGGCUCGAAAAAAAACGUCGAGAGAUGUUUGAGAAACGUUUGCUUUUGUAGCCAAGUCUCAGGGUGAAAAGGAUUAUUUCUUUGUUGGUUGGACCGAAUGUUUGCGGGUUUUCAGGGUUUGUUCCUAUAUAAACUUAAAUCGAAGGGAGAUGCUUUUUCGGAUUGAAGCAUGUAUUCCAUACUUCCAAUGCCAACUGACCGGAAUGCAAGCGUAAGACAAUGUAGCAACAGGAUCUAAUUUCC